AUGAUUGUAGAAUUAGGCAUUCAAAUCGAAGUGGUAGAACAGGAGAUUCGGAUCAAGUUGUGCCCCUUAAGACUAGAGGAUGAGAAGAAGAUUAACCCUGAAGUAUGGUAUAGUCCUGACAGUGCCGGAAGACUGGAAAUUACUCCCUUUAAAGUAACAAUCAGAAACCCGGAGAUUCCAGUAAGAAUAAAACAGUACCCGAUGUCCUUGGAAGGGAGAAAAGGGUUGAAACCAGAGGUUGACCGACUAAUCAGCCAAGGAUUGUUGGAACCUUGCAUGUCUCCUUAUAAUACUCCAAUUCUCCCUGUAAAGAAACCAAACAGGUCCUAUCGCCUAGUACAUGACCUGAGGGAAAUAAAUAAGAGAACAAUAGCUAGAUUUCCGGUGGUAGCAAACCCUUAUACAUUAUUGAGUAAACUAAGCCCGGACAACCACUGGUAUAGUGUAAUAGACCUAAAGGAUGCCUUUUGGGCUUGUCCCUUGGAUGAGGCAAGCAGAGAUUACUUUGCCUUUGAAUGGGAAGAUCCAGAAACCGGAAGGAAACAACAACUCAGAUGGACAGUAUUACCCCAAGGAUUUACAGAAUCCCCGAACUUAUUUGGACAAGCCUUGGAACAAAUUCUAGAGAAUUACAAGACAGAUGCUGGAGUAACCCUGAUACAAUAUGUAGAUGAUUUAUUAUUAGCAGGAAAAGAAGAGGAAGAAGUAAGAAGAGAAAGUUUAAAGGUUUCAAGGGCUAAAUUACAGUUUGUGGAAGAAGAAGUAAAGUAUUUAGGGCAUUAUUUGAGACGGGGUGAGAAAAGAAUAGACCCAGAAAGGGUACAGGCUAUUUUAUCAUUACCAAUACCCAAGAAUAAGAGACAAAUCAGGCAAAUUUUGGGUUUAACGGGGUACUGUAGACAGUGGAUUGAAAACUACAGUAGCAAGGCCAGAUUCUUGUAUCAAAAACUGACUCAGGAUGGAUUGAUGAAAUGGACUCAAGAGGAUACUGAAAAUUUGAAGGAACUGAAGGAAAGUUUAGUACAUGCCCCUGUUUUAAGCCUCCCUGAUUUAAAAAGACCCUUUUAUUUAUUUGUUAAUAUAGAGGGAGGAGUUGCCUUCGGGGUACUUACCCAAGAAUGGGCAGACAAAAAGAAACCUAUAGCGUAUUUAUCAAAACUUUUGGACCCCGUAAGCAGAGGAUGGCCCACAUGUUUACAAAUGUUGGCUGGGUGCGCCUUACUAGUUGAAGAAGCUAAGAAAAUUACCUUCAACAGUAGCCUUAAGGUUUACUCUCCCCAUAAUAUCAGGAGUGUAAUGCAACAGAAAGCAGACAAAUGGAUAUCCGAUGCUAGGCUCCUAAAAUAUGAAGGGAUUUUACUAGAAGCACCAAAUUUGACCCUAGAAACAACUGCAAUUCAAAAUCCAGCUACCUUUUUGUUCGGGAGCAUAGAGCAAGAACCUUUAACACACAAUUGCUUGAUAACUAUUGAGGAACAAACCAAGAUCAGGCCUGAUCUGGAAGAAGAAGAAUUAGAUAAAGGAGAAAGGUUGUUUGUAGAUGGAUCCUCCCGGGUGGUAGAAGGAAAACGGCAAUCAGGGUACGCCAUCAUUGGGGGCAAAGGCUUACAAGUCGCGGACCCGAUCCCGCCCCGGCUGGCCCUGCGGGAGGCGCCGAUCCCCACAGCUCCGCCCGUGGCGCCACCGCCACCCGGGCCGGCUCAGCCGGCUUUGAUGGCAGCGCCUGCGCUGCAGUGGUCGGACCCCAGAGAAGACUCGGCCACUGCGCCCAGCCCAGCGGGGGAUGCUCCCCCGUUGCCUGUGCCAGUCCUGCUGCUCCCUGCCAACACGACUUCAGUGCAAGAGCAUGCUGCGAAGGGUGCUGAGCCCACGGGACCGUCUCAAGAGCCGACACCAGCGUCCGUGCCGCCCACCCCAGCAGUCCUGCUGUCUUCCGGAGCUCCGUCCAUCGCAUCAGCCCCAGCGAACAGCCUGUUCUUGCGUGGAGGGAGCAUGGCUUGCCAGCUGACUGCAGGAGCAGUUCGGCUGCCAGUUUUCAAACUCAUAGGACUCCUGAAGGUGGAAGAGCAACUUGUGCCAAUUGCGACCUCGACAGUGCACCGCCGGCAGUAUCGGACGGAUCGAGAUGCCGUGAUCCCCAUCCACAGAAUGAUUCGUGAGCUGGAGAGUCAAGGAGUGGUCAGCAAAACCCACUCACCCUUCAACAGCCCCAUCUGGCCUGUGCGCAAAUCUGACGGAGAAUGGAGAUUGACUGUGGACUAUCGUGCCUUGAAUGAAGUGACUCCACCGCUGAGCGCCGCUGUACCGGAUAUGCUAGAACUCCAGUACGAGCUGGAGUCCAAGUACAUCGAUGACAUCAUUGUGUGGGGGAACACAGCGGCAGAAGUGUUUGAGAAAGGUAAGAGGAUCAUCCAGAUACUGCUAGAAUCUGGCUUCGCCAUCGAGAAGAGCAAAGUCAAGGGACCUGCCCGAGAAAUCCAGUUCCUGGGAGUGAAAUGGCAAGAUGGACGGCGCCAGAUUCCCACUGAGGUCAUCAACAUGAUCACCGCUAUGUCCCCAACAACCAGCAAGAAAGAAACACAAGCUUUCCUAGGUGCCAUAGGUUUUUGGAGGAUGCACAUUCCCGAGUAUAGCCAGAUUGUGAGCCCUCUUUACCUAGUUACCCGCAAAAAAACCGAUUUCCACUGGGGCCCUGAGCAGCAACAAGCCUUCACCCAGAUCAAGCAGGAGAUCGCUCAUGCUUACAAGUAUGGGGAGGCCUGGCAGAUUGACUACAUCACACUGCCCCAGACACGCCAAAGCAAGCACUACGUACUGACCAUGGUGGAAGCCACCACUGGAUAG